CAGUGUGAGGCAUACAUUUACCUAUUAAUGCACCAAAGAUCCUUCUGCAAACACCAAAAAGAAUAACUCAACUAUAACCAAGAACCAAUCUUCUUCUUCAGAUCAUAGUUCAAGAUGCUGAGUCAAGCUCGAUGGCUAAUGCUGGCGAUAGCAGCCGUGCUGACGCUGCAGUCGAGAGGAGAAGGUGGCAUCAGGCUUCCUGACCAGCCUCCUAAGCAGGAAGGUGAAGGAAGGUCACUGAACUUUGGAGGAGACCAUGGACGUUCGCCUCAAGCUCAAGGUCGUGGUCUAUUAGACUGGCUGGGUUUCGGAGAAGACCAAGACCCUUACAUCCAGCAGUCCACCCAGCAGUGCCUCAAUGGAGACUUAGCUGACUGCUUCAAGGCACAAGCACUGCGCUCUUUUGACGAUUUCUUCGAUAAACAGGCUUACCAACUAUCAGAAAAUGCCGUACUAGUGAAAGUGGACUCUCAAGCGCGCGCACUGUCCCGGGAACCUCCUCAGUUGGAGUCACAGCCCCGCAGCGAGGACUCAGACUGGGAGGCCCUUGUUAAAUACGGAAUGAGGAAGAUUGAGAGGUUCCUAAGAUCGACCGCCUUGGAGAUGCAAUUGGACGAUGAAGUGACGUCACGAGGCAUCAUUGCACCUCGCUUCAUUGAACAGAUCGCUGAUGAAGUUGACAUCAUCGAGGAUAAGAAGGCACCUUUCCGCCAGCACAAACUGAAGAAGCUGAUCAUCCCCAUGUUGCUGAUCCUCAAGCUGUUCAAGUUGAAGCUGCUUCUGUUCCUGCCUCUCAUCCUCGGCCUCGCCAGCUUCAAGAAGUUCCUUGGAUUCAUGGCUCUUAUCAUUCCUGGUGUAAUCGGCUACUUCAAGUUCUGCAAGCCCAACUCUUCACCGUUCUCGUCCAGCCACUUCUCGGGACCUCAGUACAGUCCAGCUGGCAUCGGUCUGGGACCCUACAGGGAGACACCACCACAGUCACACUACGCUCCUUCACAUUAUGAUAGCUAUCCUGGUGGUCACAAGUACGGCUCAGGAGGUAUUUCCUUCAGGGAGCAUGACGUCGGUCCUCAAGACCUGGCCUACCAGGGUUGGGAGUACAGAAGCAAGAAGGGCGCUGAAGAUAUCAAAGCUGAAUCAGCUUAAGACUGAAGUUUUAGUGUAAGCACUAUAGUAGAUAAUGUUGUAUAGAAAAAUCAUAUUUUGUCAGCAAUAGCUUUACUAUUUUUAUCAUCAGACAACCAUAGGAAUCACAAACAAUUCAAAUAUCUUCGAGAAAUUGGGUAGUAGACAUACAAAAACACAUAGUUCAGUUAAGGUCCCAUAACUUAUUCGGAAAUCUAAAGUGUUUAAACUGGUGAAGCAACAAGACAAGACAAAAUAAAAGUCAUAUAUUUAAGAUAUAAAACAGGUAGUUAAUAAUAAUAACGAUGGAACUGCUACAACUCCCAAAAUCAGUCAAAGAGAAAUUAAUCGGACCUGUUCUUACCUUGAGAACCCAAAUAAAUGAAAGCUAAGCCUACUAACAAUGGCAAUUAUCACGAUAUUAGAACCGUUAUAAUAUACCUUAGCGUAGAAAUUCAAAAUGGAAUACAAUUUCAGAAAUCAGUACACUAACAGGCCAUUAAAUUUAAUUAAAGUUAUCUUAAAUUAACUGAAAACAUUUUCGUGAAAUAUCUUGGGCUGGUUUUGAGGUUCUUCUACAAUCAAACCGACAGUUUGUGGGUUUGAGUAUUGAUUUAAAUUUAAAGAUGCUUCUCCGAGGCAUGCAACUGACGCAGCUGUUAUCGCCAGUCCUUUUGACUGAUAAUUCUAUGACGCCAGACUAACGUUAGCCGUACCUGUCUAUCAAACCUCAAAAUAUAUGUCUAAU